GCAUCGUGCUGGAUCUGCUCCGUGGUCUCGAGGGAUAUGGCUAUACGGUGUGGAUGGACAACUACCUAUAAUAGGCUAUUUGACAACAUUUAAAAUAUACCACAAAUUGUGGUCAUCCUAUCAGCUAAAUGCCUAAAAAGGCAUAUUUCACUAUAAAUGAAACAAAAUUAAGUAUAUUUUUUCCAAAAUAAGCGAAAUAAAUAUAAAAAAGAAAAAAAUGUUGCGACGGGAACGUCUUGUGAUUGGUGGCAACUCCGGUGACGUCUCAUGCAAGUAAACAGCCAUUUUUUUGACUGCUAAUUGUCUUCUAUACUUACAAACUCAGAAUGGAAAUAAGUUUUGUGCGAGCCGACAAUAGCAACCUGCCAAAGAUCGACGCUUUUAUGGUUGCACUUUUCUUCAGAAAUAACCCUGAUUAUUAUUCUGCAGAACUUAAAAAUGUGAAAACAGCUGUGUCUGCAAGGGAAACUUACGGAGACGAUGCAAUUGGAUAUGUCCAGCUACAUCGCAAGGAUGGAAUAUGUACAGUGAAAUGUAAAAUGUGCCCUGAACAUCGCGUCAGAACAAAAUCUUACAAUGUCACGAUGGUUGUUAAUGAACAGGACAGCAAAGUGAUUAGCUGUCAGUGCCACGACUGUGCAGCUUCAGCUGGGGGAUGCAAGCAUGCUGUAGCAUUUUUAAUGUGGGUCCAUCGCCGUUCAGAAGAGCCUGCAUGUACUUCAGUUGAAUGCUACUGGAGAAAACCUACUCUGUCAAAAGUAGGUACAACGCUGAAAUACAUUACUGUGCAGCAGUUGUCAAAAAAAGAAAUCCCUCACCGACCAAGCAUAACUUCAGUUUAUGAUGAUUUUUUAGCAGAAGCCAAUAAGAGAAACAUUCACAACUGCGAGUUGCUCAAGCAUCAGAAGAAUUUUCUACAUAGUGGUGUGAUGCAAUUUUCAUUGCACUGUUUUAUUAUGAAACAGUCGCCAGAUACUAAACAGGAUGUAGAUUUAGUAAUAGAAAAGAUGAGAGACACAUUCAAUAAAGCUGCCAUAAGUGAAGUUGAAAUGGCUACAAGGAAGCAGAACAAGAGCAGCUUGUGGUAUGAAAUGAGGUAUGGCCGUAUCACUGCUUCUAGGGCACAUGAGGUGAGUGUAUGCAAAACACCUGAUGGCUCUUUAAUUGCAUCCAUAAUGGGUGCAAAAAUACCUGAUUCAGCCGCAAUGCGAAGAGGCAGAGAUUUAGAGUCCUCUGUCCGAAAGACAGUGAGUAGCAAGUUAAAGAAGAAAAUAACCACAUGUGGGCUAUUCAUAACUGAAAACUACCCUAUGAUAGCAGCAUCUCCUGACGGUAUAACAAAUGAUGCCAUUAUGGAAAUAAAAUGCCCUACCAAGGCCAAAACCAAAGAAAGUUAUUUAAAAAAUGGCAAUAUUACAAAAAAAUUCAUGGCUCAGGUGCAACUGCAAAUGUAUGCAACUGGUUAUAAGAAGUGCUUUUUUUGUGUUGCUGACAGCGAGUUCGAAGCAACAAAAAAUGUUGACAUUAUUGUAGUGCCUUAUGACAGUGCUUAUAUUAGCACUUUAUUACCAAAAUUAGUUACAUUUUGGAAAAACAAUGUCUAUCCCAUUUUGUAUGUUAACACCAGUGUAUGAGUAAUGAAAUAAAAAACAGUUCUGUAUUAAAUUUUUUAUUAUUUAACUAUUUAAUAAGAGAAUCCUGCAAAUUAAUUAGAGCACAUGCAAUAAUAAUAACAUGAUCAAGCACACGAAGUAUGUUGGUAUUAAUCACUGAAUGUUGUUUUAGCAUAUGGAAUUCCCUUACUCGUCUUAUUACCCUUUCGAUAUGUAUUCGCAAGCUAGCUAUUAUUUUAGUUUGUCGAACUUCAGAUUUCGAUAACUUUGGGCCAGCACUUACACUUGGUGGCCUUAAUAGUUUCAUACCCUUCUCAUGAAGCAUUUGUUCAAGAUGCUUGAAACCUCUGUCAGCUAAGAUGCAGGUUCCUGGUUGUAAUCCAUUUAGAAACUUACAGUUUUCUACUAUCGUAACAUCACUUGCUCUACCCCCAAACCCUUGAGAAACAUAAUUAACCAAUCCAUUAGGAGUGCAGGAUAUUAAAUACUUCACAGUAUUCCCCUUUUUGUAUUCUGACCAUGUCAGUGCUUGAUGAAGAGCCUUAGAUGGUUUUUGUAUAUCAAUUUCUAGACAAUCAAUAAUGCAACUGACAUUAUGAUAGUUGUGUCUAAAUGCAAUAGGAAGAUUACUUUUAAUAAUUUUUUUAUCCAAGUUUACAAUGAAUGGUCUUAAAACACUACUUAUUAUUGGUAUGUUUCCUACAAAUAGUUUACUGGCAUAAGAUAAUGAUAUUCCAAAAUUAUCCUCUAGUUCGGAAAAUGUACUGUUUAAUCUAAUUUUUUUCAAGCAUAGCAAUAUGUUUUCCACUUUUAUAUUUGUGUGCUUAUGUAUUAACUGAAUUAGGAAAUAACAUUCUUUGGUUAUACCAACAUACAUCAAAGGUUUCUUUUCAAUCAAACGCAUAGUAUUUUUAAGGGAUUGUA